CACCGCCCGCAGCGCCUCCUCCUCCUCCUCUUCUCCUCCUCCUCUCCUCCUCCUCCCCUCUCUCUCUUUUUGGCAGCCGCUGGACGUCCGGUGUUGAUGGUGGCAGCGGCGGCAGCCUAAGCAGCAGCAGCCCUCGGCGCGCGCCAGCUCCGCCAGCUCUCGUCGCCCCUGCCUUCUCCAGCCUUCUUCAUUCCCGUUUCCCGCCCCCCCAUCCCCCGAAAGGUGCUGGGCGGAUCCGGGGCGGCGGAGGGCGAGCGGCUGCAAGCGGCGGUAGCGGCGGAGGCAGCGGUAACGGCGGCGGGAGGCAAGGAUGAGCGCACGCGGUGAAGGCGCCGGGCAGCCGUCCACUUCAGCCCAGGGACAACCUGCCGCCCCGGCGCCGCAGAAGCGAGGACGCGGCCGACCCAGGAAGCAGCAGCAAGAGCCAACCUGUGAGCCCUCUCCUAAGAGACCCAGGGGAAGACCGAAAGGCAGCAAAAACAAGAGUCCUUCCAAAGCAGCUCAGAAGAAAGCAGAGGCCAUUGGAGAAAAACGGCCAAGAGGCAGACCUAGGAAAUGGCCACAACAAGUUGUUCAGAAGAAGCCUGCUCAGGAGGAGACCGAAGAGACAUCCUCGCAAGAGUCUGCCGAGGAGGAUUAGGGGGCACCGACAUUUGAUUUCUACCUCAGCAUCAGUUGGAUCUUUCGAAGGGAGAAGACAUCGCAGUGACCACUUACUACUCUCUACUGCCACGGUCUUUCCACUUUCUGCGGGGUGGGGCAGGGGCGGGGCGGGCGAG